AUGAGAAUAACGGAUAGUUCUGAGAAUCCUCCACCUGUGACUAGAUCUGAGAUUCUAGAAGGAAAAGUGAAGGAUCAUCUAUGGAGGAGGAUUCCAUAUUUGAGACCUACUGAAUACGAGAGGUCUAGAUUGUCUCGCAACCUUCGAAUAGUUAAUAGAGCAUAUGGUGGUGUUUUAUCUGGAAGAGCUGUUAGGGAAAGGAUGAUUCGUGCUUUCCUUGUUGAAGAGAAAAAUUUUGAAGAAAGUUUUGAAGAUACAAAAGACAAAAGAAAUCUAGCAACCCAUAAACCUCGAGAAUCUUUCUCGUUUGAACCCAAUAAUUUCAUCAAUAAAAUUGUUCCUUCUUGCAUCCUGAAACUCAUCUCUUCAUUCUUCUACCGUCCCAUCAACCUUCAUGUCCAUGUAUUUCUUCCUUUGCUGUUGGAGUUCCCCUUAUCUCACCGAUAG